CUUAGGAUAAUUCUAUUGAGGUGCCUCCGAUCCCAGCAUCCGUUUGCAGCAGCACAAAUGAAGAAUUUUGGAAGCAAUUGGAUUGUCUCAGCCCGGUAUCGAUGCCUGAUGUGAUUUUUGGAGAAGAAAAUGAGGUACAACAAGUUUUCAAAGAGAUCAGUGGUAAUUUGAAUGAGUUGAGGAGGCAACUUAAUGAACUCGAGUCUGAUGGAGCAGACGACAUAUUGAUCGAACAUGAGUCUACCGAAUCUGAAAUGGGGGAUCUAGAGGACCAAGCAGAAGGCUAUGUUAAAGACCUGCCCGUCGCUUCUAGUCUGUAUGGUGGAUCAUGUGACAAAUCUUUAUCUACUUGGGACUCAUUAGUAAAGCCUAUCGGUGACUCUGUCUUCGAACAAGUCAAAGAAUUGUAUAGAAAAUGGGCUAAGGAGAACGGUAGUUCGAGAAAUGACGAGAACAAGAAGAAGGUAGAUCGAAAGUUGUUACUCGAUUUGUUGCAUAAAGCAUUCUCAACAAUACUAAUGCCACCAGUGAGCAUGUCUCGGUUCAGGAGAAAGCUGCCCGGUUCCUCCAUAUUGCCACCUCCACAUGGAAGGAAGUUAUUGAAUUCCGUGAGGGAAGUCAUCCAAAUCAAUUUAUAUCUUCCAAAUGAUAGAUGCCACUACUCGCUUGAUAGCUUGGUGGCCCGGAAUUUAAGUCCCACCCCUUUGUCCAGUUUGAUGAACGAUAAAACUAAUGUUUUGGGAAGAGAGGUGGAAUAUCACAUUAUAGGAUGCCUGGUUGAGGAAACCGUGAAGGACAUAUAUUAA